GUUUAAGGUAAAAGCUCAACAUACAAGUACGUGGAUUUAGAGCUGUUGACUCACAAAUACACAUAUUUCAUCAGCGAGAUACGAUACGAUAGAGAAUUGUAAUAAAAACACAACGCACGCAAACUAAUUGGAGAGUCCAAGCAGCAACAGACGAAAGUAUCUAUUUAAAGACCACGACCACUACAAAGUGAAUUACCUUAGUCAAUUUUAUUAACGUCGAAAAUAACACAAAUAUGAGUCUCGUCUGGACUUUGAUAGCGGGCUUUCUCUAUGCCGAAAUAGCUUUAGUUCUACUCUUGGUAUUGCCCGUGGCCAGCCCGUACAAAUGGAACCGGUUCUUCAAAUCGAAAUUUCUGGCGAUGUUGGCCAGACAGGCUCACUUAUAUUUCUUCCUGAUUAUGGGUGUGCUUGUCCUCUUCCUUUUGGAUGCGAUACGUGAGAUGCGUAAAUAUUCCCAUCACGACCAUAGCAGCGAUGUUCAUUUGAAUGUGGAAAUGCAACACAGCAUGCGCUUAUUCCGAGCCCAACGCAAUUUCUAUAUAUCUGGUUUUGCCAUUUUCUUGGUCCUGGUGAUACGCCGGCUGGUAACAUUGAUAUCUACACAAGCUGGUCUGCUUGCCCAGAGUGAAGCCUCAAUGAAACAGGCAGCCUCCGCAUCGGCUGCUGCCAGAUCGAUGAUGGCUGAAAAAUCCACAGAAAAGGCUAAAGAAGCAACUGAAGAUGCAACAUUGGGAGAGAUUACAAAAUUGAAAGAUCGCAUUCAUGAGUUAACAUCCGAGUUGAAUCGCGAAAAGAAGGAUAAGGAAGCUCUGAAGUCGCAAGCCGAAAGCUUAAACAAAGAAUACGACCGUCUCACCGAGGAAUACAGUAAACUGCAAAAGAAGAUCACUAUUAGUGGCGAUGGGGGCAAGGGUGGAGCCAAGGAUGAUUAAUUCAAUAAUAUUUAAUUUAACCAAGUUUGGCAUAAAUGUUCAAAACAUCAACUUUGUUAAGACUUACUCACUUAUAACCACAUCCAAUGGAAUCAAUACUGUGGCUAUACUAUGAAGUUGCUCACAAGGGUAACAUUAAAAAAACAAUUAAAAUUAAUUAUAAAACAGAUUCUAUCUACAUUUAUACUUUCAUUACAUUAAAAACAAAAUGAUUUUUAUUUCAUUUUCUUAAUGCAUAGUUUGCUUUGCUUAUUUAUGUUUCUCUCUAAUAUCUGGUGUUUUUUCUGUCCCAAUGGCCAAGAAAUCUCCAAGCUUUAGUUUGUAUUUAUUAAUUCUUCAUAAAUGUAAACUUUUAUUAAUGUUCGAAAUCGUAUCUUUUAAUCAAUAAAAUUAAAAAAGCUUUAUUAAACAAAGUA